ACGCAGGACGGAAAAUACAACAAGUGAGUGAACUGUUGCUCUGCAAAUAAAGUGGCUCUGCAGCGGGAUUUCUGCAGGGUGAAAGUCAGUAAAAGUAACUCGUCAGUAUGAGUGAUUUUAUUUCAAGGAGCGCUUCGCGACUUUGAAUUGCAUUAUUAUUACUCUUUUUUUUUUUCUUUUUUCCCUGUAAUUUUUUUUUACUUCCCUCCGUGUCUGCUCGGACUGCCUGUGAGCGCUGCUUUGAGCAUUUUGGACGGUGCAGUCCGGCCGCCAUGCAGGAGUCCUGGAUGAGGUGCUGCAAGUUGAAAUAUUAGUGUGAGUAUGAGUUUGCGACGCGACACAACUUCACCCCGAGGCGACAGUGAAAGCGCUCCGUGCUGGAGGGAUUUCGUUCCGGUCCUGGACCAGUUUUCCUGCGGCGUUUUUUUCUGAGCCCGCAGCAUUAAAAAAAAAAACCCGCACACACCGGGAGAACCGGGAAGAAAAGAAAGGACAAACUGGAUUCAGAGAUCCCCUGUGAUGCUGUGAUAAAAUGUUCUCUGCUUUGUCCAGGCUGCCUUUAAAACACAUUCAGUGCAGCUUGGCCUGGCCUUUCCUUAUGAUUUGCCUUUUUACGACCUGUAACAAAUCUGCACUAUGAAUGGAGGAGUAGACUCCUGAGAUAAAUCGAAUCCAGGCUCCUACAACUAUUUACAUAUCUAUAGUGAGCCCAUCAACAAAAACACGAAGAAGGGAGAAAAGAGCCGAGAUUUAGCAGUUUCCUCAUUCUUCUCUUCUCAUUCUUGGACAGACAAGUAAAGCGCCCUUCUCCGUAUGUGGUGGGUGAGAUGAACUCCAGUGGGAAUACUGUAGACCCCACCUGACAGCUCUCCGCCUGAGCAACUGAAAGAUUUUCACUGGAGCCUCCACUACUACAGAGCUGGGCAAAAAAAAAAAAAUCCACCAUCUCAACGGUGAUGCUUAUUUUUGACAAAGACAUUUAAGAUAUUUAUACUAUUGUUUGUCUUGGAAAAUGAUGCAUUAUCUUUAGAAAGGUUGACAGCCCUCUGACAUUGUGAACCUGAGGAAAAAUAAAAAGGAUACAAAACAAACUGGACACAAAGAAAUGGGAAAACCUAUUUGUCAUUCACUCCUUGACUUCUGAUUUUUUCCUGUCUGAGACUCUCCUGUCCCGCUUCUAGAAAAGCCCCCCAUUACCUUUUUUUGCCCCACACAAUCAUUUUUCCUCCUCCACCUCCCCGAUCCAGUAGUUACUUGCCUCAGCCUUCAGCCUGGCCGGCACAACCAUUCCAGCGAAGGGGGAGGAGGACUUCCUCACGCUGGCCGCCUCCCGGCUCAGCCGCAAGAAACGCGUCAUCGGGGCUGGAGUCGGCGUGGCCAUGGUCCUGGUCCUGCUGGUGGCCAUUCCCCUAUUGGUCCAUACCACCAAGGGGGGAGGGUCCGGAGGAGGGGGCACGCAUUACGAAAUGCGUGGGAGCUGCAAGAUGGUGUGUGACACUUUCACCCCCCCACAGGGAGAGCUGACUGCCGUCUCCCCUCAGCCCCCAGACUUCUCAAACCGUAGGGGCAAACAGGGGUACAGAGGAACCCCAGGGCUUCCUGGUCCUCCAGGUCCUAAAGGGCCCCCCGGAGAACCCGGCAAGCCCGGGCCACCUGGUCCACCAGGGCCUGGACCCGGAGGUUAUGGCCCAUCCCUCUACAGUCCCAAAAUCGCCUUCUACGCAGGCCUCCGGAAACAACACGAAGGGAGUGAAAUACUGAAGUUUGAUGACGUGGUGACCAACGUGGGGAACUACUACGAACCAAGCACUGGCAAGUUCACCUGCCCUCUGCCCGGCAUCUACUACUUCACCUACCACGUCCUGAUGAGAGGAGGUGAUGGGACCAGCAUGUGGGCUGACCUGAAGAAGAACGGACAGGUGAGGGCCAGUGCAAUCGCUCAAGACGCAGAUCAGAACUACGACUAUGCCUCCAACAGUGUCAUUCUGCACCUGGAUGUGGGGGACGAAGUGUGCGUACAGCUGGACGGGGGCAAAGUUCACGGCGGAAACACCAACAAAUACAGCACCUUCUCUGGCUUCCUCAUCUACCCAGACUGACAGUAUACUCACGUUUAUAUACUCUCUCUCUCUGUAAUCAAGCAAAAAGUUUCCUCUCCUUUCUCCAUCUAACACCACCAUGCCUCCAUCAUGUAAUUUGUCAUUCCAAUGCUGUUCAGAGCACAAAACAUGUAAUUACAUGAUCAUAGUUAACAAAAGACAAUUUGUGUAAAAAUGAAUAUAGUAUUGUAUAUAUUACCAGUUCACAUUUACUUCUGAUACACACACCUGUGUUAUCAUUAUUCUGUGCCAUGUACAGUAUGUGUUAGCAUGGCUAAAACACACGAUUCACAUGCACACGUUGGCUUGUAUACACACACAUGCACACGAAGGCGUGCUCACAUGAUUUCUCCUAUCAGAGAAGAGACAAGAUGACCAUUUCAGCCACCAGUCUGAAAUCGACUGAAAUGAUCUCUGAAUGUAGACUGUAAAUCGAAGUGUAUGUGUGUACUUGGCUGCAGCUUCUCGCCUUCACUGUGAGAUGGAUUUCCAAACGAGAAAAGUCAUGAAUAUAUUGAUCGCAGCUGAUAAUACGGCCAACCCCAUGAACAUAAUCCAGUGUGUUGUAUGUCUGUGUUCACGCCUGUGUGCGAGCAUACCUGUGUGUUUAUCCUUCAGUUUGUGUUGAGGCGUAAAAGCAGCACGUUGCUGUUAGUUUGACUAGUACAGUCUCCGGCUCCUGCUCAGGAAGGGGCUGUCAAGUUGUCGGUAACAGUCCCUUAACACACACAGUAUAUCGAUACUGAGGUUUAGCUUUGAGAUUUUUCCCUGAGCCGGAGCUCAUGGCAGAUCCUCAUCGGGUCCUUCUAAUGAGCUGAGGCUCCUCCUGCAGCCUCAUCUGCUCAGUCACACUCACAUCUGGCAUCCAGUUUGCUGUAUGACUUUAAAUAUGGCUGAAAUAGUUUGCCAUUUUGGGAAACAUGCUUGUUUGCUUUCUCGCUGACAGUUAGGUGAGAAGAUUGAUAUCUCUCUCAUAUCUGUCACUAUAACGCUGCUAAGUGGAGUAUAAGGACUGGGUUAAAAAAAAAAGUGGUUCAUGCAAUGACCAUGUUAAAUCUAAAGUGAUUAGAGUAUAUCAUUCAGCAGAACAGAUACACUAAAAGGCUCAUUAUCAGAUGGUCUCUGCUGGAAGACAUAUGUGUUGCACUCACUUGUUCACAUGACAGAAAGAGUUGUGUACCAAAAAAAAAAAAAGAUUCAUAAGAAUAUAAUGAUAUUUGAUACAGAUCAUGUGAACAGCAUAUUCUGAUUGGUGAUUCUGAAUUAGCCAAUGGAGAAUUUUCCAAUUAAAACAUGUAAAAUAUAUCAAUAUUAUUUGUGCUUUAGGAGCAUCUUUCGACAUGUAGCCUAUACAGCGCAUUUGGAAUAUGUGUCUCAGUGGGUUUUUUGUUGUUGCAACGGCCUCUUACCUAUUUGUAUUUUACACAGACCAACAAGCCAAUAAUUUGGAAGGCGCGAGAAGAGAUGCAUGGCCAAAAUAAAUGCCAACAUUACUCUUCUAAGGAGGAACACACCUACUUUUAAAAAUUACAAAAGACUCAGACAACCCCAGGUUUUUAGAUAUGCACAAAUAUCUCAAUGCCGAUGAUGGUUAAAGGACGCGAAUAAACAAUCCAUGAACAGUGGAAAACUUUGGAACAAAAUCAUAUUUUAAUGCAAAAAAAAGCUAUUUUUUUUGACGUAAUAAAUCAACCCCUGUCAAAUAUAGUAGUUCAUUUUAUGUAAGUUGGAGUAUACAGUGCUGCAUGUAAUCAGGAAUAUUAGUGGAAAAUUUAUUUUCAGCCUUUUAAACAACUUAUUAAGAAUGUUCUCAAAAUGGCAAAAACAUGAAUAUUUUGUGCAUGUAAAUGUAAGCAAUGUCAGAGGAGAAACUUACAGAAAUGGUAAAACACGGACUAACAAAUCACAAGUCAGAAAGGUGAAGGAGGAGGGGGUUUCCACAACUCUUUUGUCUGAGAAGCACUUUUGAAAAAGCAUAGUUAAUGCUAACACAGCAUUGGAAAUCGAGGAUUUAAUUAGCCUCGCUCUGUCAAAGGUGGUACAAUCCGCCUACCAGAACCUUUAAAACUCACUCAGUAACAUGCUUCUCUGUUUAAUUCAUAUGAAAACCCAACUGAAAAACAAUCGUUUGUGGUUUAGCUGGUUAGCAUUUAUGAAUGGAGCCAGGCUAGCUGUCUUUGUGCUAAGCUAACUGAUUGCUGGCUUCAGCUUCACGUUUACUGAACAGAGAUGAGAAUGGUCGAUCCACUUAUUUAAAUGCAAGAUUACCGUGUUUCACAAAGUGUCAAAAAUAUUCUGUCAGUUUUACUGUGAAUAUAUGUAUUCAUGUGAAGACAUUUUUCAAAUGCAGGUGACAGUUGUUGAUGUUUUACUGCCAUAUGCCAUACCUAUAGGUUUUCUGUGCCUUACAGUAUCUUUUUCAUUUUAACUUUUUAUGCAUGAGACACUUGUUGAAUCCAGGCGAUAUAAACAAGCUGAUAAAAACAGCAAUCUGAUGAAGAUUUCUGAUGAAAACCUCUCCAAAAGUCCACAUUACCCAGUUUAAGGAGUCUAGAUGCUAACUGAGGACACAGAUUGUGAAUCUUUGUAUGUAACUGGAUGUAAAUGCUGAAAAUAAAUUCUCCCCAAAUGGAGACAGAGGUUCGUUCUGUAUGGAGGGAAAGAAAGAACAACUGAAGCAUGUCACGGUUCAAAAGUUGCAUUCAGAAAAAAUAUAAAUAUGUUGAUGUGUUCAAAUUAUUACAUUAAACGAUUCUAUUUUUUUUCAUGAUAUAAUGCUUAGACGGGUUCAAUAUAUUAAUCCUUCGAGCACAUCUAUUGUAGUUUUAGUGUCAUGGAAGACGAGAGCUUCAUAUUGGCCCAACAAGUGACACAUCCGGCUUUGAGCAUGAGUGUACGUCAUUGAGUUUUGGAUGUGAACUUUUCUAAUCAUUUUUGUGCUGUGAUUGAAAAACCCCUUCCGACAUUGUGCAUUGUACACAGACAUUCCUCCUGAGUGGAUUUACAUAACCUACUGUGUGUGUUCUCUGGCACUGUUACCUUUGUUCACGGGCUGUGUGAAUUCAUUGUUGUCGCUGUACUUUGCAAGCUGAGUUGUGUGUAUUUGUUAUGUAUGAAAUCCAUGUAGAUUUUUCUCUGCCCUUGAAGACUAUGAAACACAAUAAAAAAAUAAAAUUUA